AUGGCAGUCCAGUGGCAAGACGAUUCCAUAUUUAACCACUUCACUGUCUUCGAAGAGACAUUCAAGACCGUAGGCUCUCACAAGAUAAUGGCAGCUAUCUUAAUCCCGAAAGGCUUAGCCCCAGGCGUUCAUCCUGCUAUCUUCAACUUCCAUGGCGGAUUUCUCGUAAAUGCGCAUUCUCUAUUUGCCCCGUUCUUUCCAAUAUGGUCUCUCAAACUAGCGUUGGAGAACAAAGCCAUAAUUGUGUCACCAGACUAUCGUCUUCUUCCGUCCGAAAACGGUGUCGCGGAUAUCUUGGAGGACUUGGAAGACUUCUGGCAGUGGAGUCGCAACGAUAACUUCGCCAAGAUGCUGCAGAAUCGCUCUCCUGAACACUCACUGGACGUUUCUCGUCUGCUUCUUACUGGUAGCUCAGCUGGUGGCUACGCCGCAAUACAGCUGGCGUUAACGCACCCGGAUGACAUCCAAGCUGUAGCCACAGCAUAUCCGUUUGUGAAUCCGAGAGAUCCAAUUAUGUUAUCCGGUCCCAGAGAUGAUGAACCGACUAUCCUGCGUAUGGCACGAGAAGAAAUGCCAUCAAAGACCUCUGUUCUAGACUGGAUUGAGGAGAAAAAGAACACAGUGACGACUAAGGCUGGUUUUGAAAGGACCUUAUUUGCGGCAGCUGCGGCACAGUACGGAUUAUAUCACUCGAAAAUCUUCGAUCCUAGAGGUCUGAAUCGACCAGAGUUUAUUCCCAUAGAGAGACUACAAGCUGGCGCUAGGCUGCCAAAGAAGAUCUGGAUAUUGCAUGGGAAUGCCGACAGCGUUGUACACUUGCGAACUACGCAGGAAUUUGUCGAUUUAAUCCUUGAGAAGCUGCCUGAUACUACGGUCAGGUUUGAUGUAGCAGGCGGGGAAGAUCACGCCUUUGAUCACUUCAAAACGAGUUGGGAGUUGCAUGCAAUGGGGGCCCUUGACUUUGUGAAACGAUCAUGGCUAGAAGCUAGCUAUUAUUAA